AUGGCCGCACAGUCAACGUUGCGCCAUUCGGCCUCCCAGGACGUGCUGGUCGCCUUGAUCGACAAGUACACGAAGCUGAUCAAGGACCGACUCCAGAAGACGUCCCGCCAGACCAGAAUCCUCGCGACCCUCGCCCUCGCCGCGACCAUCAUCCUCGGAGCCGAGGGCAGCAGGAGGUGGUGGAAGAGGCGCCACGCCGAGAAAGAGCAAGGACGAAAGCUGGUGCGCACGAAUUCCUGGCUCUUCAACAAGGAUGGGUCGAGGACGAUAUACGUCCCCUACAAGGACAGCACCGCCAAGGUCGUCAUCAACCCCAUCAGACCUCUGACCUUUGAGGCGCAUCGUCGGCUCUUUCUCAACCCUCCCAAGGUCUCAGGUCUCGGAGAUGGCACCGUCCCAUCUGCCCAGACCAAGCCGGGGCUGAAUCUCGCCUUCUUGCAUCAGUUCCUCAGCCUGAUGAGCAUCAUGAUUCCGCGAUGGACCAGCAAGGAAGCCGGACUGCUGGUUAGCCACGGCGUGUUCCUCAUGCUUCGCACAUAUCUCUCGCUUGUGGUUGCGCGCUUGGACGGUGAGAUCGUCCGCGAUCUUGUCGCUGGCAAUGGCAAAGCCUUCCUCUGGGGCAUCGUCAAGUGGUGCGGCCUCGGCGGGUUUGCUUCAUACACCAACUCUAUGAUCAAGUUCCUAGAAUCAAAGGUGUCUAUUGCAUUCCGGACCCGACUGACGCGAUAUAUUCAUGACCUCUAUUUGAAUGAGAACCUGAACUACUACAAACUGACCAACCUGGAUGGUGGCGUUGGUCAAGGCGCGGACCAGUUUAUAACCCAAGACCUCACCUUGUUCUGCGCUUCGGCUGCCAACCUGUACUCAUCCUUGGGAAAGCCGUUUGUUGAUAUUUGCGUUUUCAACUACCAGCUCUACCAAUCGCUCGGCCCGCUGGCCAUGACCGGUCUGCUGAGCAACUACUUUCUCACCGCGAGCAUACUACGUCAGCUUUCACCGCCGUUCGGCAAACUCAAGGCUGUCGAAGGGCGCAAAGAAGGAGACUUCCGUGCGUUGCAUGCUCGCUUGAUCGCAAACGCCGAGGAAGUCGCGUUCUAUGGUGGCGCCGAUAUGGAAAAGACAUUCUUGAAUAGGGAGUUCAAGUCGCUGAAGAGUUGGAUGGAGAGCAUUUACAUGCUCAAGAUCCGCUAUAAUAUCCUUGAAGACUUCAUCCUCAAGUACAGCUGGAGUGCCUACGGCUAUCUUCUUUCCUCUCUCCCAGUCUUUCUCCCUGCUUGGGGUGGUCUGGGAGGUGCUAUGGAGAUGGCUGCCAAUGGAGAGAAGGGUGGCCGGGAACGUGGGCGCAUGAAGGAGUUCAUCACCAACAAGCGCCUCAUGCUAUCGCUAGCCGAUGCAGGAGGUCGAAUGAUGUAUUCGAUCAAGGACCUCUCAGAGUUGGCUGGCUACACCAGCCGUGUCUACACUCUGAUCUCAACCCUACACCGCGUUCAUGCUAACGCGUAUGCUUCUCGCCCAAGCGGAAAUGAGCUCUACUCUCUCUCUGAUGUACAGGGAACUAUCCAGAAAGGCUUUGACGGAAUCCGAUUGGAAAACGUGCCUAUCGUCGCGCCUGGACUUUGGCCACAGGGGGGUGAGGAGCUUCUCGAGUCGCUCAGUAUGAUCGUUCGCAGAGGCGAGCACUUGCUGAUCUCCGGCCCAAAUGGCGUAGGGAAGAGUGCAAUUUCAAGGGUUCUGGCAGGCUUGUGGCCAGUCUAUCGAGGACUCGUGAGCAAACCGAAGGCUGUCGGUGAAGACGGGAUCAUGUUCCUCCCACAGCGCCCAUACCUCAGCAUCGGUACACUGCGAGACCAAGUCAUCUAUCCCGACGGGGAGCUUGACAUGCGUAUCAAGCGGAAGACCGAGCAUGACCUUAAAGCCGUUCUUGACGCCGCUCGCCUCGGGUACCUGCCUGAUCGCGAGGGCGGAUGGGACACGCGCAAGGAGUGGAAGGAUGUCCUCAGCGGCGGCGAGAAACAGAGAGUCGGGUUUGCCCGUCUAUUGUACCACGAGCCUCAAUAUGCCAUCAUCGAUGAGGGCACAAGCGCAGUGUCAAGUGAUGUUGAAGGUCUGUUGUACGAAACGUGCAAGGAAAGGGGUAUCACUUUGAUUACCAUAUCUACACGAGCAUCGCUGAAGAAAUACCACACUUUCAACCUCGUUCUAGGUCUCGGCGAAAGAGGAGACGAGUGGGAGUUUGAACGUAUUGGUACAGAACGUGAGAAGAUGCAGGUAGAGCGGGAGCUCCAGGAUCUGCGCGAGCGGCUAUCCCAGGUAGAGAAGUGGAAGCAGCGACGAGAAGAGAUCGAAUCAGAGCUGGCACAGGUUUGGACCGAGGGUGGUGAAUCCUUGAGUCCUCCGCCCUAUGUCGAGCAGGACCUGCAACAAGAACCCGAACAGGAGUCGCUACAAGGCGCCGAUGAAGAGUCACAACAAGACGAAUGGCAGGAUACCACCGAAUCGGCGGAAUUCGUAGAGGCUGAGAGCCGGUAG